AUGGUUAGCUACCGCCUUGUCGCCACUGCCGGCCUUGUGGCCUCGGUAUACGCCCUUCCUUUGAACAUCAACCUUGGUGCUUACUCUCCCGCCUUGGUAGUCGGUGAUGGUGAAAUAUCAUUCGGAGGAGGUCAAGACGUAUCUCAGCUCUUCAACACCCUCGAGGGAGCCGCCGUCAAUGCCGCAACCGGCCAGUCCAACACCGCUGGUGCUGCUCAGGCCGCCGCGCCAGCUGUGGCCGCCGAAGCCGUCGCCACCCCGGCAGCUGCUCCAGCAGCCGUUGUCACGACCGAAGAAACCCCCGUUGUUGCUGCCAACCCUGCAACUGACUCGACACUCUCUGAGCAGGCUGCUUCUAUCUCGACACUGCAGGGAAUGGGCAAGGAAAUCGCUCCUCGUGAGGGAGAGAGCCCCAAGACCAAGCGUGAUCUUCAGGGCUUCGACCGUGCUCUCCAAUAUGCCGAGAACGCCUUGACAAAGGGUCCCGUUGUCCAGCUUGGUACUGGUGAGGGUGGCGCUGGUGUUGGUAUCAUCGUCGACAACAGACCUACCACAGCUACCGCUGCCGCCGGUGCUGCCGCCGCCGCAAAGCGCGAUGAGACUUCUGCUUCCCAACCUCGUCGCCGCACUACCAAGGUCACCACCAUGUACGUCCGCCGAGGCGUCCCACAGAACCUCCAGGGCUCUGAGCUCGAGACCCGUGACGUCAAGACAGCCUCCCUCCCUUCUGUUGUCUCCGCCGCUUUGGCCAAGAAGAGCGAAGACUCCGAGGAGAAGCGGGACAGCACAAGCAUCGAUGCCAUCAACCUGAACGUCGAUGACCCUCAAGGCAUCACGAUGACCUUUGUCGAGACAUCCGAGGACGAGGAGUGA